UGUAUCUUAGUGUCUUUCUAUGCCCAUGACAACUGCCGGUUAAAGAACCAGUCUUCUUCUCACUUUCAAUUGUGGUACCGAGUCAAAAGCUUAUAUAAGAAUGGAUGGAUCGCUGGAAUCUCAUCUCCUCUUGCAGCGACCGUCAAUUGGACUAUGGCUAAACAAAGCUGAUGACAGCUACUGCUGGCAACAAUAAAGUAAUAGGCUUUGAGCAGUACGCUGCUCCUCCACACAGUUGGGUAAUGGCGUCCUCUGAGACUCACGUUGGUGUCGUCAUCACCAUCGUCCUCCUCCUGAGCGUUCAUCGGGUGACCAGCUGCUACUCAUCCAUCUUUAGCUUCGGUGACUCGCUUGCAGACACCGGAAACAUACUGGCCUCGGAUGGCGACUCAGCUGGCGCCGUGAGCCGCCUCCCGUACGGUGAGACGUACUUCCAUCGCCCCACCGGCCGCUACUCCGACGGCCGACUCAUCAUAGACUUCAUCGCGCAAGCCAUGGGAGUACCACUGCUGCGGCCGUAUCUUGGUGGAGGGAGCGACGAGGACUUCCGACACGGAGCAAACUUCGCGGUCGGAGGAGCCACUGCGCUGAACAGCUCCUUCUUCAGGGACAAGAAGAUUGAUGUUUCCUGGACCGAAUACUCCCUGCAGGUUCAGAUCGCGUGGUUCAAGCAGCUGCUCCGCUCCACACCAUCCGUUUCAGCAAUGACAGAACCGUCGAUCUUGGGCAACUCGCUGUUCCUGGUGGGAGAGAUCGGAGGGAAUGACUACAACCACCCGUUCUUCCAGAAUCGGCGGGUGGAGGAGAUCAGGACCUUCGUGCCCAGCGUGGUCGAGGCGAUCAGCUCUGCGAUCACCGAUUUGAUCAAACUCGGUGCAAAAAAAUUGGUGGUUCCAGGAAAUCUACCCAUCGGAUGUGUUCCAGUGUAUCUGACGCAGUUCCAGACCCAAAAGCUUGACGAUUACGACGCCAAAACUGGCUGCAUCAGAUGGUUGAACGAGUUCUCCCAGUAUCACAAUCGGUUGCUGCAGGAUGAGAUAGAGCGGGUUAGGGGGCUUCAUCCCAACGCAACCAUCGCCUACGCUGAUUACUAUGAGUCCGCGAUGAGGCUGUUCGAGUCCCCAAAGCAAUUCGGUUUCAAGGAGCCUCUCUCUGCAUGCUGCGUAGGAUGUGGUGGUCCGUCGGCGAAGCUAUGCAGCGACCCAUCGAGCUACGCUUCCUGGGACGGAUUGCACCUCACGGAGGCAGCCUACAGGACGAUCGCCAAUGGUCUACUAAAAGGACCACUUGCUGUUCCUUCCCUGAACCAAACUUGUCCUAACGUACAACAAAGCUCUGCUUCCACAGACACACUAAAAUUGUUGUGCUUCAGCAUGAGCAUUUCUUCUUUCGCAUGGCUUCAGAAGAAGAGCACCCUAUUUUAGCAACA